AUGUAUGCUGGCGUCGGGCUUCAGGCGGCGUACAAAACACUCGACGUUCUACAAGGUACAAAUGUCGGGACGCAGUCGUUCGGAACCAUGAAAUCAGAGCUCAUCGAGGGGUACUGCGGGGGCGGACUCAUCCAUGACAGCCCCAUUGUCCAGAAGGUGCUGGGUGGAGACACGACUCCAAACAACAAAACGCUCUACUUGCAGUCCGCAACUUCCACGUCGUUCGAGAAUUGCGCCGACGUCGUCUUUGAUACGGGCCUGUACGGCGCGGCAAAUACGUACACCGGUUUCGCAGCUCUGCUCGCAUACGGGUCGUACAACCUCUCCAUUAUUCAAGACGUGGAAUACGUCAUGGGGAUCGUGGACUGCACGUCGCCUCCGCUGGUGACCGGCGAUCCGAGUUUGUUGCGCGUGUUCAACUUGGUUCGCGGCAAAAGUGACCCGGAGGAUGUUCGCAUCAUCGCCGUCUCACUAUCGGCACAAGACUAUCGCAUUCCAGAGCAAAGUCGGCGUGGUCCAGCAAUCUUGGUCAACGUCUUUUCCGUGGGUGACAUGCGCGCCACCUCGGUGGAUCAGUACUUCGCACUUGGGUUGGACUCCCCGUACACAAGCUCUCCAGCCUUUUUCGUGUUCACCCUAGAGGGGGUGUCCGAGGACGGGUACUGGGAAAUGGCCAGCGUCCCGCACAAUAUUUCGGUGGAUCCGGUUAUCCACGCUCGAACAUCUCGGCGUCGUGGAUUUUAUCUCCACGCAGAAUCCGAGCAGGCGAAUAUGCGCAACUUGUACUGGAAAGUUGAGAAGGAGAGCCCUGCUCGGGCUCUCUCGGAGUGGGAAUGGUACGGCGAGCCGAUCAUCUUCGACUCGUGGGCUUGGGUGCACGGCAUUCACUUGAUCUUCGCUUGGCAGACCAUUUUCUCGCUCGGUGUGCUGUCAAUCGUCGUGUUCCGCAACUUACCCGUGGGGAAGAUCUGGGUCGGCGACGCCUUUGCUUCCGUGUCGAACGGUACACUGAUGAUGAGGGGGCUGUUGGUCAUGGCUUCUUGGUACGUGAACGAGUACUGGACACUCGUAGAGUUCUGCCUUUCAAACGCAAACGACAUCUCUGGCAAGCAAAGAGUUCCGGUCCAUGCGCAACUUGCACACGCGGACUUGAUGGUCAUGUUUCUCAGCAUCAUCGGCCUCAUUGGGCGCUUCACCAAAGAGCGCAUCGAUCCGGCGUUCGCACUUUUCCUCUUUGAGAUUAUUCACACCAGUCGUCAGGGUAUCGUACGCGGUGCUGCCUCUGUGAUGAAGAAGGUUGUAGACUACGCCGACACCGAGUACCGCGCGGGUAUUGCCACAAUGACGGAGGAGCAGGAACAAUUGUCUGCUUUACGGCUUUGGACCACGCACAUGCUCAAUGGGAUCGACUUUGGCUUCUUGGCGGCCUCGUUGUUCCCGAAACUUCUGCUGAUAGUGAUCGUGCUCGCGUAUGUGGGCAUGCGGAAGGUAUAUCACCAGUUUUAUCCCGACCAGAAGCCCACAGGAAUCACUGGACGCAGUACCGCUGACAGGUCCACCAACGAGACAGCUGCCACUGCGCAAAAGGGAAACCUCACUAACUUCGAGAUUUCCACGGGAGUGGAGCUCGAAGCGCGAUACGGUCUUAUCUCGGACUACAAGAACUACGUUUUCUUCAAGGGACUCAAGUUUGCUUCUGCUGACGGUGUUUAUUGCUCCGGAUACGUGGUGGCGAACGGGAGGUUUCUUGUGGGCUCGAAGGACCUGCUGUCGAUCAUCAUGAUCAAGGCGUUCCGGUCGCGGUUCACGAAUGUGUACGUGUACGCUGUCGAUGGCAAUACAGUCCAGCGCACGGCACAGCUGGUGUAUCCGGAGACUUUGAGCUGGCAAGACUUGAUAUUUCUCAACAUCAACAUCCUCGCAUAG